AUGAACUCGUUGUACAACACCGGACUGCGACAAACAGCCGCAAUACAGGCGGAUAUUGACAAAAUGCUCGCUGGGGAUACAUCAGCAGCACUCCAAGGCCAAAUAACAGCGUCGUUGGCCGGAUUCAGUCGCACGAUUGAUGACUUUGAUUCUGUCGCAAAGAGGGAGAUGAUAAAAGCAAAGCAGGAAAAGGCAGCGAUGCGUGUUCAAAAAUUCCGGUCAGACUAUACAGAGUUAAAGACUCAAUUCGACUCUGCAAAACGUCAAGCGGCAGAAGUAAGAAACUCGCAACAGCGUUCGGAACUUCUAGGACCACCUGGAACACGUCAACGCUUUCCACAAACACCAGCGCCUCCAGCAGAGUCGCCGUUUAGAGGGGCAACCCCUGACCCUUUGUAUGCAUCACGGGAGCAACACGCCCUUCGAGAACACAGCUUUAUACAAAACACAGAGACACAACUUGAUGCUUUCAUUGCGCAAGGACAGGAAGUCUUGAACAAUUUGGUCGACCAGCGACAAAUCCUCAAAGGCACACAGCGACGGCUCCUGAGUGCUGCCAACACCCUUGGACUCAGUAGGGAUACUAUCAGCUGGAUUGAACGUCGGAGGUAA